GGUGAUAAGAUGCCAGAUUUGAGCAGCAAUAAGAGUUCAACAAAAACUUUGAUACCUGCAAAGAAAGCCGUUCUGAAAAGUGGGGACAAGGUUAGUCACUCGUCAAGUUCCAGGCAACACGACCGAAAAUAUUCCCAUUCUAAGAUUACUCGAAGUCCACCUAGGCGACGUGCUAGACGAAGUCAUACUUCAUCAUCCAGUUCCUCAGAUUCCAAUUCAUCAUCAUCUGAUUCUGACUCGAAUAACUCUUCGGCAUCUGACUCUUCAAACUCGUCAAAAGGUUCCAAAAAAUCUAAUCUUGUCCAAGCCUCAGAUACAAAAAGUAGCAAUGACCGUCCUCAUCCAUCCAGUCAUUCAAGUUCUGUGCAUUCUAAAGUUAACGACAAAACACUUCAGACGUCGCAUAAAUCAUCCGAACCUACUGACUCAAAGAAAAAAGUAGCCAGUGCAUUAACCUCUAAGGAUGAAUUCACUAAAUCUGAAGGUAAUCCAAAAUCAAGUUCAACGGAUCACUUAGCAAAAGUUCCAGACACUUCAGGUGUUACUGGUUCGACACUUUCGUCUUCAGUUCAGGAGUCUGAUGAUAAAGUUGGAGAGGCAUCAAAAGGCAAAAAUCGGGAUAAAACAUCACAUAAUAUUGUAGCAAAACCAAACAAAGAAAACAAUGUAGAAAAAUCCCUUCCUAAUAACAAUGCCUCAUCCGAAAGUCGAUUUACUCGUGUGCUUAUUGAGAAGCUAACCAAAAAUAUAACGAAGGCUCAUAUUCAGGAAAUAUUCUCCGUGUGGGGAGAAAUCCAUUCGGUCGAUCUUCCACCUGACCGUAUUCACCCAGAAUUUAAUAGGGGCUAUGGUUAUGUUGAGUAUGUGGAUUCCAAAUCAGCCAGUGAUGCGGUUAAUUUCAUGAAUGGAGGACAAAUUGAUGGACAAGAGGUUAGAGUUUCUGAAGUUCAUUCUCGUGCGGCACACCUAAGUGAUCGUGCAGGCCGUUCAGAUGAACGAGCAGGCUACAGGAAAAAGGGCCAUGAUUCAUCGAAGCAUGAUCGUGAAAGGUCACAUCAUCGCGAGGAACAUACUUCAAAAACAUAUAAUGAUUCCACAGAACAUAAUCGUGUAAAAGAAGAUUCUGGUAAAAGACAUACUUCUCACAAUCAUUUUCGAACUCAUGAUAGGCAAGACCAUUCUCGAGUUAGAGAACGCAACAGAGAUCGUGAACGUGAAAGGCCACGUGGCGGUCGUCUAGAUGAUGAUCUCAAGAGAAACCGAAGAGGAAGCAGUGGCAGUCCAUUUGCAAGUCAUUCAACUAAUCGACCUCGUUCUCCUCUUACAGGAUCACGUUACCGCAGACCUAGUCCUCCAAGCUCUCGACCUGGCCCUAAACGCCCUCGGUCCCAUAGUCCUAAAGGGAAACUACAACCAACCUCUGGCCGAAGCGAUAAAAAGCCUGGCGAUAUUAACCGUCGUGAUAAGAAAGCAUCUUCACGUUCAUCAUCUUCGUCUUCCUCCAAUUCGGGAUCAUCAUCUUCUUCUUCAUCAAGUUCAAAUUCUGGUUCUAGUUCAUCCUCUAGUUCAAGUUCUUCUCGCUCACAUUCUUGACAGAUUAACCGUUUUUUUCAUUUCGCCAUACAUACAUAUGAUGAAAUGAGCAUGCUUUUGUAAUGCCUGCAUUUCGUUGUUUGCACAUAACUGUCAAGUGUAUCUUAAUAUUUUUAUUCUUGUUGAAAUUACACUUGUUUUGAAUUU